AUGUGUGGCUGUGGUUUAAUUUAUGUCAGUGAUUGUAAUGCUGCUUGUAUAUUGUUUUAUUUCUUGACAGAUAAAUUUCCACAACUAGAGUUGCUCCACUCGCUUGACAUUUGGCAUAAAGCCAAGAAACUUAGCAAGUGUAUUCACCAAGCUGCUCGAGUUAAAGGAUGUGAAUCACUUAAAGAGUGGAUUGAUGAUGUUGUGAGUCAUUUUUGGUUUUGCUGCCAAAACUGUGAAGGACGUGUCAAAGGAAGUUUGGUUUGGGGUACUACAUCAUGUUUGUGGUGAGCAUAACUGGGCAGAAGGUGAAUGCAGGCAUUACCCAGAGGAGACACCAUCAAAUGGAAAGACCUACCUGAAGAAAUCUUCAAAAGCUUUGGCAGCAUUAAGAAAAGUG